AUGCUAUCAAGAUUUCUUCCUGCUUUGAUAUCUCUUUGUGCUUCCCAUGGUGGUCUGGCUUCCAACCUGGAAGUUCCAAAAAGUAAUAAUAAUACUUUUGUCACUGCUUUGUACUAUACAGAAUGGUCAUUCUAUAACAAGCACUAUCCAGUUGAUAUACCCUUGUCUCAUAUCACUAACAUCUAUUACGCAUUUGCGAAAAUUGACCUCAAAUCAGAAGGUACAUAUUGGGGCGAUGAAAAAGUAGCUUUGGAAGAGAUCAUCCCAUUAGUUCAUGAAGACACUAACAGUUCAUUUGGUGUACGAGAUGAGAUUCUGUGUUCUGAAGAUCACGCUAAAACCUCAUCUGAAGCUGAACCGAUGGUCAAUUCCACCGGAUUAAUUGGCCAGCUUCUGCAAAUGAAGGAGCUCAAAAAGGGACUCAAAGUUUCCCUUGCUAUUGGAGGUGAGAAUACCAAUCACGUUUUUGAAGGAGCCACAUCCAGUGAAAGGAAAACUGAGAGAUUUUGUCAAAAUCUUGUUAAUACCAUGAGAAAACAUGGAUUUGACGGUAUAGAUAUUGACUGGGAAUUCCCCGAUUUAAGAUCUGCCUCAAAUCUGAAUAAAUUGAUCAAAACUCUGAAAGAGAAGCUGUCUAUGGCGGAGAAGGAGAAUGGCAUGCUUCCAAACACAUAUCUCUUAUCGCUAGCUCUUCCUUUGGACGUCUCCUCCUUAAAGACCUAUGAGUUUGAGACCUUGCGAAAUUACGUGACUUACUUCAACUUGAUGGGUUACGAUAUUACCGGUCCUUGGUCCGACCGAGCUGAUUACCAUUCCAACCUUUACUCUCCAGAAACAUAUUCCGCCUCCAGCGUUAAUUACACAGUUCAAUAUCUUUUGGAUAAGAUCGACAAAAAACAGCUGAUUUUAGGUAUGCCAAGUUAUGGAAGAAGCUUCGAGGGGAUGGGUGUUGGAUUACCGUUCAAAGGAUGUGCGAAUAUCGCGGGUAUUCAACAAGAACAAAACCAAUGUAUUGUAAACUAUCAUAACUUGCCACCCCAGGAUUACACUGAAGUUCACAAUUUUACUGCCGGAUCCUCUUAUGCCUACAACACUAAGGGACUCGGCAUUGUCUUCUACGAUAGUCCACAAGCUGUACGCCAGAAAGCAAAUUACGUUAGAGAACUAGGUCUUGCGGGCGGGUUUUGGUGGGAUUCUUAUGGCGAUGAUUAUCGAGCGAAGAACAGAUCGUUGCUUUAUAACUUCGUUGACGGAUUAGGUGGAUUGUACAUGUUAAAGAUGAGUGAUCCAACCGACGACUUUUACCCAGAUGAGACGGAAGGUACUGCCGCAUCUUCAUAUGCAACACACUGCUGCUCUCCCGAUAUUCGAAUUUCUCCAGUAAAGGUUCUGUCAUGGGUUUUCUUCAUUCUGGUAUUCAUCUCGUAA